AUGGCUGUAAAAGGAGCACAGCUGGAGGUAGCAUUUCCAUCUGAACAUGAUGUCAGAGCAGCUGACAGGCUGCCAUCCCCCAGUCUUUUAUUCCAACGCACAGACUGGGAGUUAGUGUGUGUGUGGAUCUGUGUGCAGGAGGAGGUAUCUCAUUCCCCUACAACAUCUCCUCCACUUUGCAUCUGUCUUUUACAGUUAGCAUUUUUUUUCUCUCCUACCCCCUCAUUGAUUCUGCAAAAGAGCUGCAGCCAGUCCAGCUUUUCUACUACAGUGGACUUAAUCAAGUUGAUGCAUACUGCAGGUACUGUGGGGAAGGGUCCGGGGCACUGGGAUGGUUUUGUUUUGUAUGAGGAGCUCUGGCUUUUCCAGGGCUUUUCCCAGGGUCAGGCUACUUUUAGUCAGAGCUCUAUGGAAAAGGAAGUGAAGGAUUUAGUCUACGUGUUGUGUAUGUGUACAGUAGUUGUUUACUGUAGCUAAGCAGGGGACUUUUGUAGUCAGGAAGCGCUUUCCUAGUUUUUCUCUGGUUUGUAGUGAGCAAGUUGUGCUUGGAGUUGAAUGUUUGUUGAAAUUAUCAUCAUUUUGGGGGGAAAUUAUUGUCAUUUGUUUAAACCAAAAUAAAUUUCUUAAUUUGUGUUUAAUGAUUAAACGCUAUUUAACGUGUAUUUAUUGUCUGGUAAACACACAGUAUUAAUUGAUCAAAUCUGGUCUAACAGAUAACUGCUACUACCAAAAUUGGAACUUUAUACUCAAAGUUAUUCUGGUUAAAACAUCCACAAACUAUGUUUAAAAAAAAGUAAUCUAUAGUGCCAUUUUUACUAAGAAUAAUUAAACAUUUUAAAUCUAACUGGCUGUGAAAUUACUUGAAAGCCUGAUGUCCUCUUUCCCUGGCUUGUGUUCAUUUCUUCUGUUGGUGGUGACUAAUUUAGAACUUGCAGAUUUGAGCUGCCUGAAUUGGCUAGACAGCUGUAAUCGCACUCCUCCUAGUCUUAAUCUCUUUAUCUGGGCAGCAGCUGCCAUAUGGCCCCAGUCAGCUGGAUCAGAUGUUUGUAAGCCUCCUUCUCCGUCCCUCUCUGUCCUGACAGACCCCUAAUUUGAUCGCUGCUACCUUGUGAGUUGUCCAACUAUCUUUAUUUUUAGCCAUCUUAAGGAUUAGGAUGGCUGUAGACUACAGGGCACUUAAAGUGAUUGUAUUGUAAAUCUUCAGUGCCGUUCUCUUUGGAGAGGGUGUGCAGUUUCUAGAAAGAUUUGAGGAGGGGGAGCAUGGGGUGGUGGGGGUUGGCUGGGGGGUUGGACAUCCUUGUCCCUGUAAGCCUCUCAUUAAGGAAAAUCUUAACUCCGCUCCAGUGAGGGGGAUCGCACACUUGUUCACUCACAUUCAAAAGGGUUUAUUGAACUGCUUAAUGUUCAGGCUCAUGCAUUAUUUCAGGCAAAAAAUAUAUACUUGGUUAACAGGUGUGAUAUUAAUUUUUUCUCAUUCAAAUGUAUGAAUCUGUUAUUAUUCAAGUUUAUUUAGAAAAACUUUAGAGAAAUAUUCAUGAAAUGUAUUUCUGGAAUAGGACUCUCUUUUUAGAACAUAUAAAUAGCAGUGGGAGUUGACAAAAAAAUCCCUUUUGUAAUUACCAACAAGGCAACUUGUUUUUCAAACCCUUCAAUUCCGCGUGUACAGUCGUUAUUCUCAGUAUACUCUGGAAUAGGUAGCUUGUGUAUGUAAGCACUGUACCUGAAAGCCUGUUACCUAAAGAAGCUGGUCAAGCCAAUGUGGGUUAUUAAAAAUAACCUCACUAGGAGCUGGGACAGCAAAGCGUGGAAGCAGUUCAGUUAGCAGGCGUGCGGGAAGACAUCUGUGUGACCAGGAGGCGCUUAGCUGCUGAAGCUGCUCUGUGAUCAUGUGGAACGGCAAUAGGUCGCAGUCUAGAGCAACACCUCUCCCAAGUAUCGUCUGGAAACAUUUAGGUUUAUGGAGCAAUUACACUUUACCUGUUUUUUAUUUGAUGUUUGUGUGUCUGAAAGUUUGUUGGUGGUAAAACAUGUUAGCAGAAUUGUAAAAGGAAAAUGUCUCUUUGGUGAUGUUUUAGUGACAGUUUUGUAGAUAUAAUUUAGUUUAAAAUGUCAAGGAUUUCUUGUGUAGGCUAAUUUCUGUUCCCUUUUGAGUGAGUGAGAAAGAGGGUGAGUGAGUGGAUGAGUGGAUCCAGACAGGUUGUCUACAAGCUGAAACAAAACAGUAUCUCUUCUAAAAUAAUGUGCCUCUAACAUCUGCUGUCUGUUCUAGGUUAUGAAGACAGCAUGGAGUUCCCAGACCACAGCAGACAUUUGCUAGAGUGUCUGAGCGAGCAGAGGCAUCAGGGUUUCCUUUGUGAUUCCACUGUUCUGGUCGGCGAUGCCCAGUUCCGAGCCCAUCGAGCAGUGCUGGCUUCAUGCAGCAUGUACUUCCAUCUCUUUUACAAGGACCAGCUCGACAAAAGGGACAUUGUUCAUCUGAACAGCGACAUUGUUACAGCCCCGGCGUUUGCUCUCCUGCUGGAGUUCAUGUACGAGGGUAAGCUCCAGUUCAAAGCCCUGCCCGUGGAGGAUGUUCUGGCUGCUGCCAGCUUCCUCCACAUGUACGACAUUGUCAAGGUCUGCAAGAAGAAGCUGAAGCACAAAGCCACUGCGGAGGCAGACAGCACCAAGAAAGAGGAGGAUGCUUCCAGCUGCUCUGACAAAGUAGAGAGCUUCUCCGAGGGCAGCACGGGCCACCCAGCCACAGCUGACCUAUUGCCCAGUGACGAUGAGGACCUGGAGGCCAAACAGGACCCCAGCAGCCUGUGGAUGAGGCUACCCUCCGACCAGGCGUGCACCCCGGCCACUGCCACCAGCCCAGGGGAGGCUGACGCCCAUGGCAGUCCCCCCAAGCUGCAGUCCCCUGCCGGCAGCCCCAGCAGCUCUAUAGGCUCCCUGUCCCGGAGGUCCGUGGGCUCCCGUGGCUCCCGCAGAGUGUCGUCGGAUGCAGACUGUGUCCUGGACUUGUCUGUGAAGUCCAGCCUGACGGGGCCCGGCGAGGCCUUGUCCAAUAACCCCUACUUCUGUGGUGUGGUGACGCCUGAUAGCCUGAAGGGCACCCUGGUCCAGGUGAAGCAAGAGAAGAACACUGGCUCAGACGAUGAGGACCUGGUGAGCGGCGACUAUGAGAUGGACCACAGCGGGCCAAAAGCCACCCCUCCCAGAACCAACGGAGGUGUGAACCACCACGUGAUCAGCAGCCAUGCUCACAGACGCCUGGAGGCCCACCUCUCAGGCCUGCGUGACGCCUCCCUGGCCAGCGAGCUGGAGCAUGGCGACAAGGUCAGCGAUGAUGACAUGCUGGGGGGAGAGAGUGAGCGGGCCCAGGUCGAGGCGGCCAGCAUCGACAGCGCCCUGCUGCCCUACGUGUCCAACAUGCUGAACGCCCCCCACACUCAGAUCUUCAUGUGCCCGCUGUGCAACAAGGUGUUUCCCAGCCCGCACAUCCUCCAGAUUCACCUCAGCACACACUUUCGUGAGCAGGAAGGCGUGCGCGCCAAGCCCGCCAGCGACGUCAACGUGCCCACCUGCUCCAUCUGCGGCAAGACAUUCUCCUGCAUGUACACCCUGAAGCGCCACGAGCGGACUCACUCUGGAGAGAAGCCGUACACGUGCACCACGUGCGGUAAGAGCUUCCAGUACUCCCACAACCUGAGCCGGCACGCCGUGGUGCACACCCGAGAGAAGCCGCAUGCCUGCAAGUGGUGCGAGCGGCGCUUCACCCAGUCCGGGGACCUGUACCGCCACAUCCGCAAGUUCCACUGCGAACUGGUCAACUCGCUCUCAGUCAAGAGCGAAGGCCUCAACCUCCCCACCCUCCACAGGGACUGGACCAUAGAGGAUAGUUCUCAAGAACUGUGGAAGUGA